CAUAAAACCACGUAAAGAGUUCAAGGGACUUAUAGGUUUUAAGUAGAGGAAAUCCAUCGGAGCUCCUCACUUCUUCAGGCUCCUCGAUCUCUUCUUAAUUUUCUUUCCAUCCUGUCGUGGACAUGGUACGGUCUUUCUUCUUCCUAGUGUUUGCUCUUGCUACCAUUGGGUCCGUGGCACACGCGGCCGUCGUGGACUACACUUUUGAGGUGGCAAACUUGACCAUAAGUCGGCUGUGCAAGAGCAAAGUCGUCCCAGCAGUAAAUGGGACGCUGCCUGGUCCAACCAUCCAAGUUAACGACGGUGAUACUUUGAAGGUUCACGUCAUCAAUAAAUCGCCCUACAACAUGACGAUCCACUGGCAUGGGGUGUUUCAGCUGCUCAGUGGUUGGGCUGACGGGCCUGAGAUGAUCACUCAAUGCCCAAUACCACCCGGGAAAAGAUACACGUACCAAUUCAAUAUCACCGGCCAAGAGGGAACGCUGUGGUGGCACGCCCACUCCUCGACCCACCGAGCUACAGUUUAUGGCGCCCUCGUCAUCCGACCCAGAGGAGGACCCAAAGCCUAUCCCUUCCCCAAACCCUUCAAGGAAGUCCCCAUUCUACUAGGCGAGUGGUGGAUUGCCGACGUGAUGGACGUCCACAACGAGGCAUUUUUGAAGGGUGGCGCCCCCAAUAUUUCCGAUGCUUAUACCAUCAAUGGAAAGCCCGGCGACCUCUACAAUUGUUCUAGCACAGAGAUCUACAAGUUGGAGGUGGAGCAGGGCAAGACCUACAUGCUCCGGAUCAUCAACGCUGCACUCGGUAACCAGCUAUUCUUCAAGGUGGCUGGACACUCCUUCACAGUCGUCGCGGUGGACGCCAGCUACACCAAGCCGUACAAAACGGAUGUGGUGGUCAUCGCACCUGGCCAGACUGUGGACGCCCUCAUGGUCGCCGACGCCCCGCCGGCCCGCUACUACAUGGCCGCCCAGGCGUUCAUCAGCACGGCCCCUCCACCACCCCCACGUCCCCCCUUCGACAACACCACCACCACCGGUAUAGUCCAAUACAAGUCCACCAAGCCAACUUCGCCACACGUGACGACGACCAUGCCCUCCUUCUUCGACAGCGGCAUCGUCGACGGCUUCAACACCAACUUAACCAGUCUGAUCAGGCCAGGGGAUCCCACCGUCCCUCUCCAAGUUGACGAGCGGAUGUUCAUUAUCUAUGGGUUCGGCAUCGCUGCUUGCCAACCGGGUCAAGUGUUAUGCAAUCAGACCCAAGGAUCGCUGGCCGCUUGCAUGAACAACGUCUCCUUCCAGUCCCCCACCACGAUGUCGUUGUUGGAGGCGCAUUUCAAGGGUGUCAACGGGAUCUACACCUCCGACUUUCCCGUGAAGCCGCCGAUGACGUUCGAUUUCACAAACGCCAGCGUGAACUCGGUUGCAGCUCUGCAGCCGCUGAUGUUCACGGCGAGGGCUACGAAAUUGAAGAAGUUGAAAUACAACUCCACCGUCGAGCUGGUGCUGCAGAACACGGCGAUCCUCGGAGUCGAGAACCACCCGAUGCACCUCCACGGGUACAACUUCUUUGUGCUGGCACGGGGGUACGGGAACUACAACGCGACGACGGCAGUGAAUAGGUACAACCUGGUAGACCCGGUGGUGAGGAACACCGUCGGCGUGCCCGCCGGCGGUUGGGCGGUCAUCCGGUUCACCGCCAACAAUCCAGGUGUAUGGAUCUUGCACUGCCACCUUGACGCCCACUUGUCGAUCGGGUUGGCGAUGGCUUUCCAGGUGCAGAAUGGACCCACGCCGGAAACUACCCUUCCACCACCCCCUCCGGGCUAUCCCAGUUGUUAGAAGAAACCGAUCGAAGAAGGUAGCAAACAGCUGUGACAGAAGAAAGAUAACACAUGGUUUUACCAGUUUUCUUUUGUUGUGCCAUAACACAGUGUCAUUCCUUCUUUUUUUUUUUUGAUCUUGUCUUUUUUGGUUUUUUUAAACUUAAGAUGGGUUUGAUGGUUCCUUUGGAGCUCGACAUAAGAGCUAGGGUUAAAAAUGUCCAUUUCGUGAACUGUGUGGACUGAAUAAAAAGCCAAGGUUACACUUUUCUUAUGUCUGGGCCAUUUUGGAACUCAAUGGUGUGACUGAUGAUAUAAUAUUAUAGAAGUUCGAACUUGAAGCAA